CUCACGCCGCUAACGCGGAAGUAAAGAAGGGGAAAGAUUGCAGAAGAGAGACGUACACAGAGACCUCUGGAGCAGCGCUUCCUAACCUUUAUGAGAACUGGACCCCCUCUGAUUACUUCACGGCCCCCAGGUUGGGAAUCACUGCUCUAGAGGAAAGUGGUGCUCUGACCAUUUUGCCCUGUCGUCCCUCAGCCAGGGUGGUGUCUGAAUUAAGUUGUGGAGGGAAAAAGAUUGUGGGCUCAGCUCUAAGAAUAACAAUCCUGCCUAAACAAAUGCUCAGAGACAACCUGCUCCUGAGUUCAAAGUAUACUGAGAAGGCAGGAGACUGCCCUUCUUCAGUGGCAAUGUGAAGGCACUCUGCAUAUGCUCAGCGGUACUUCUCUUCAAGGACUCCUAGGCUGAGGCCUGAAGAACACUUUGCACAACUGAUGUUACUGGAAAGGAAGACGGGGAGAGCUUGCCAGUAACAAGAAGAGGCAUUUGUAAAACUAAACAAAACCUUGCUUUUGUGAAGAAUUGCUUGACGCUGGGCGUUCCUGGCUCUCCACGGUGACUCUCUCCGUCCGGCACAGUUGCUGUCUUUACUCUCCACCACCUCAUCAGCACCACCAAUAGCUCUGUCUCUUAAUCGAAGCCAAAACAGCCAAAGCUCCUCGUCCUCUGCCCCCUUCACAGGUCCUGUUCCUCCCUCUUGGCUCUUGUUCCACCGUUGCGGCCAGUAGGGGGCGCCCCGCACAGCACUGCCACCGACGAGAACGCCGGAGACAACCAGGCAGCGUGGACACCCCCAAACCACGACCCGGCCCCCCCGCGCCACACCCGACGCCAGCCACUCCCUCGCCAGCAGGAAGCACCCCAAGGCCCAAGGGGUAGUCCAACAACGGCGGGGGGCACGAGUCACAAUGGCGGUGAUAGAAGGCACAAGCCGCGAGGGAGCACAGGUCACGGCAGCAGCAGAAAACACAGGCAGCAGCAGGAACACCAACCGCAACAGCGGCAACAGGAAGGAACAAGCUGCGAGGGAGCACGAGCCACAGCAGCAGCGGGAGCCCAGGCAGCGGCAGGGAGCGCAAACUGCAACAGGAGCGGCAGGGAGGCACAGGCCACGGCUGAAAAUGCGGCCGCAGCGGUGGCAUACAACGACAACCACACAGGCCGCAGCGAGAACGCAGGCCACGGCCAGAGCAGCAGCGGCAGCGGCCAAGGGAACACAAACCGCGGCGGGAACCACAGGGCACAGCGGCCGCAGCUGCAGGAAAGGUCCAGGCCAUGGCAGAGAGCGCAGGCCGCAACGGCGGCAGUUGCCACAACAGGAAGCGGCCAGGAGCAACAGCAGCAGAGAGGGGCAUCCGUCCCAAAUAUCUUUCCACCGGACCCCACAGCGUCGACUCGGCCCGGCUCCAGAUGAUGAAGUAAAGGAGGCUGUUGUGCUGGCGAAUAAGAGGAAGACAAUAGAAGAUCAGCAUCCUGUUGAAACAGAAGAUUUUGAAGAUGAGGAAUUAAUGACCACCACCACGAGCAAGAAAACACCCACAGGUGGUGCUCCACGAUGAAGAAAACUCAGAAAAAUUCAAAGUCACUAUUUUUUAAAGAAAUAAAAGAGCACAGGGGCAGCCAAGAAGCACAAAGGCCACAGUGAGAUGCAGGACACGAGUGCAAUGGUGCAAGCAGGCACAACUCAGGCAUGCACUGUGGAACCACCACCACCUUCACAAUCUAAUUUCUGUUCAGGAACUUCUCCAUCAUGCAUCUGCAAGAACUGCCCACAGAGUAACUAUUAUUAUGGACCAUUGAAAUGCCAAAAAAGCAAAGCUGAAAUAAGCGAUUCUGUGCUGCUGCUUUGUGUGUGUGAGAAAGAGAGAGAUCAGGUUCAUGUUCCCAUUUCAGUAGUACUAUUAUAAUUUGGCACUCUAAGACUGAGUUGUGUUUUGCUCUUGUGAAAAAAGGGGGGAAAUAUUAAGCAAAUGAUGUCAAUACAGGAUGCAAUGCAAUGCAUGUUAAAUACUUCUUCACUUCUUUUACAGGGGCGGCUGCUGCUGCUCCUGCAGCAGCACAAGAAAACAUGGUUAUCAAGGACAUGCUUUCUGAAAUUAGAGCAGAGUUGAGUAGUCUGAGUUCUGAAAUGUGUGAAAUGAAGCAGUAUUUUGUGCCACAAACUCCACCUCCUGUUGGUCAUCCACAUCCACCACCACCAAUUUGUGUUGUACAUUUAUGGGCAUGUCCUUGUUCAGUGAGUGUAUUUUGCUGAUUCAAAGUUUUUACUGGUGCAGUUUCUAAUAGCUAUGAUAUCUUUGUAAAGCAGUGUAACUUGUGAAACAUUUAUGUCACUCGCAGACUGAUUCCAUAACAAAAACUACUUUGCACUUUCACAGCCAAAGUAUGAGUUUCAUGUGUCUAGUAGUAUUACAUGGGGAAAGCUCCUAUUCUUU